UCCCUGCCCCCAAGAUGGCGGCGCCCACGGCUGAGGGACGGUUCCGCACGCGCGAUGUGCUGGUGCCCGGCGGCCCCUCCGACUUCGGGUCGCUGCUGCUGUCGGCGCCGGUGCUGGCGGGGCUGGAGGCGGCUGGGUUCCACAGGCCGUCCCCCGUCCAGCUGAAGGCCAUCCCGCUGGGGCGCUGCGGCCUGGAUCUCAUCGUGCAGGCCAAGUCUGGCACUGGCAAAACCUGCGUGUUUUCCACCAUCGCCCUGGACGCGGUGCUGCUGGAGAGCUCUGCCACCCAGAUCCUGAUCCUGGCCCCUACCCGGGAGAUUGCUGUGCAGAUUCAUGCUGUCAUCACAACUAUUGGCAUCAAAAUGGAAGGCUUGGAAUGCCACGUUUUCAUUGGCGGGACUCCUUUGAACCAGGACAAAAUCAGACUCAAGAAGUGCCACAUCGCAGUUGGCUCCCCAGGUCGGAUAAAACAGCUCAUAGAGUUGGACUACUUGAAUACAGCCAGUAUCCGGCUUUUCAUUCUUGAUGAAGCAGACAAGCUGCUAGAAGAAGGCAGCUUUCAGGAACAAAUCAAUUGGAUUUACUCUUCACUACCAGCCAAUAAACAGAUGCUUGCUGUUUCAGCUACUUAUCCUGAAUCAUUAGCUAAUGCCCUGACCAGGUACAUGAGAGAGCCAACAUUUGUGAGGUUGAACCCUACUGAUCCAAGUCUCAUUGGGCUGAAGCAGUAUUACAAGAUUGUGAAUUCCCAUCCGCUUCCACAUAAAACAUUUGAGGAAAAAACCCAGCACCUACAGGAGUUGUUCAGCAAGAUUCCAUUUAAUCAAGCCUUAGUCUUCUCAAAUUUGCAUAGCAGGGCUGAACAUCUGGCUGAAAUACUGACGAGCAGAGGCUUUCCUGCAGAGUGCAUUUCGGGCAGCAUGAAUCAAAAUCAACGGCUUGAUGCUAUGGCUAAAUUAAAGCAAUUCCACUGUAGAGUUCUGAUUUCCACAGAUUUGACAUCUCGUGGGAUUGAUGCUGAAAAAGUGAAUCUGGUUGUCAACCUGGAUGUACCUGUGGACUGGGAAACGUACAUGCAUCGUAUCGGCAGAGCCGGGCGCUUUGGAACUUUAGGCCUGUCUGUGACGUACUGCUGCCGCGGAGAGGAGGAAAACACAAUGAUGAAAAUUGCUCAGAAAUGUAAUCUUCAGCUUUUUCCGCUCCCAGAGCCCAUACCCCCUGGACUGAUGGAUCAGUUUGAAGAUGGGGAGGUAGAAGUCAAACCUGUUGUACAUACAGGUGCUUCCAUGAAUUCUGACACUGUGUGUCUUAGACCAGAGGAACCAAUACUGCAGCCUGUCCAAAAUACUUUCUCAGAGGUACCUCGGCCUCAUUCUAAUCUCCCAGGUGAGAAUUCUCCUCUAGAAAGGCCAAAAAAGGCUCUGAAGCAAAAGCAGAUAAAAAAGUGCCCAAAGUCUGCAAAUGCAGAAAAAGGUAAGAGAAGCCCCCAAACUUCUGGUUGCCACAUAGAACAGAGACAUCAAGUCAAAACUGUCUCCAAAAUGGACGGACAACAUCAUACUCAGGCUCCAGAUGAGGAGGCCUUAAAAAAAAAUCUUCCCAGAAUUCCAUGUUUGUCUUCUUUCAAAACCCACCAGAGCAAUCCCUGGGACUUUGCGGAGUUUGUUGAGGACUAUGAGUAUUUCAUCAAAGAAGGGUUGGAGAGAGAGGUUGAAAUUUUAAGAAGCUAUUCUGGCCCAGGAGAACAGCGUGAGCUCCCCAGAAAUGGCGGUGUGGAGUGGGAAGAGGUGGGACAUGACAGAGAGCCAGUAGCAAACGGUGUUGUGUCUGGUGACAGUGAUGGUUCCUACAGUUCCAGGGCUUCCUCCAGUAGUAGGGAAAACAACUCGUGCUGUGAAGUACUUUCAGAUACACCAGAGAAGAAUGCUGUUCCCACAACCCGUCAGGGUCAUGGUGGCUUCUCUUCUACACCAGAGAAGCCUCGGGACCUAUCGCAAGUCCCAAAGCAAAAUCAAGUGAAAAAGAAAGUUCCGAAACAAAACGCUAAACAAAAGCAAAGCCAGAACCAUCGAUACCCUAGUCCUUCCACCAGAAAAACUGAAGACGACUGCUCCUACAGCUCUUGGGAUGAUGGUGUUCCAUAUGAGACUUGGAGUUAUGAAAACUACUGGAAAUCUUAUUACCAGGCGUGGCAAGGUUACUACGCGGCUGUGGCUCACUACAGGAGCUACAGACACUUCCACUGGCUGAACGCCUACCGCGUCAACUCGGUCUAUCUUCAGGAGCUGCUGAAAAGUGGUGACUGAUGCAGUGACACUGCUGUUGGGACAGGCUGGCUGGUACAACAAAUGGACGUUAUCUGUGGAAAAAAACCUGCUAGUUACAAGUACAUGGACAAACAUGGACAGACAUUGUUAAGACUGAAGGAAAAUGUUGUCUUUUUCGUGAGUGAGCUGUGUCUGGGGUGAUGUUUUUUCCAUGCAUUCCAGUGACGGUGUUACAAGUGGUUGUUAAUAAAAGGAAAUGAAAGACA